CAGUUACUAGAUUGUUCCUCAUCAGUUCCUCUGCAGUCUCCACGGAAACCCUAAUCCAAUCUCGUUUCCCUCCCGAUGGGGCUCUUCUCGUGGUGGAGGGGAGGGCGACGUGGCGGCGGCGGCCCGCCGGAGCAGCGGAGACAGCAGCCCGCGGCGGUUGCGGGGGACGAACCGGCGGCGGCGGCGCACGGGGCGGUGGAGGUCCGGCGGCAGCGGCAGGCGUCUGACGCGACCGUCUUCGAGUUCGGGUCCGCGGCGGAGUCAGGUGCCGCGGUGACGCUCGCGGGGUACUGCCCCGUCUCGGAUGAACUCGAGCCGUGCCGCUGGGAGCUGGUGCCGGCCGCCAGGGAGGGCGCGCCGCUGUUCCGCAUCGUGUUCUGACCGCGGGGAGAGAGCACCUCAUCUGGAAUGUACCAGAUUUUAUAGGUAUAAAGGUGUGAUCUUUGAAUGGUGUAUUGCUAGUCUGCUACCCAUGCACAUUGAAAUAAAACUUGAGAUAUUGAUGUGUUUGUUA